UGUCGGGGAAAUAUGUGGGCGGCGUCGACGGCGCACCUGUUGAUUAACGCAAAAGCACGUCGUCGGUUCCCGUCGGCUGGUCCCGAUAUUGGCGAGAAGUGAGAAUCCGUCUCUCGGAUGGCACUGCGUCGGUGGUGGUGGUUGGGUGACCUAACCAUAGCAGACGUUUUGGACGACGUAACGGAUAGCCGAUAACAAGUCACAGCUAUAAGUACUGAGCAGCGCUGCUGCACCUACUUCUGCGUGCACUCCGAUGCAAUAUUAGUGCAAUACAAGGCAGUUGCCUCGCACUUUCUACGGAGGCAGUACUCUGCAGGACCAUGUCGUCUGCCGAUUGCACGCACUCCUCCACGACUGCUGCCUCAUCGCACCGUCACCGACGACCGCGUACGUUUUUAGGGCAACGCCAACGGAUGUCGAAUGCGACCCGCCACCACCUGUGCGACACGGCCACGAUAUUGUCGUUGUUGUAAUAGAAAUAUUGCCGAACAUAAAUAACGUUACAGGUGUAUCAUUAUAAUUUACUCGGGCCGAAGACGGUCCGUUUUGAUCGAGUAUUGUGACACUGAGUGAAUCACGGACACUGCUCACACGAUCUACACAUCGCUUGUAUAGUCACACAUUACAUUGCCAUGACUCCGACGCAUGUAGGAGACGUCAAAAAUUCUGCCUCUGAGGGAUUGCCAGCAAAAUUUGUUUUGUCCAUGAGAACAUUGUUCGACAUUUUGGACGAUAAAAGGACUGGAUAUGUUAAAUUUUCUGAAAUUGAGACACGAUGGCAAGAUGAUGGUACAAAAGGUCUACCAAAAGGUGUAUUAGAUAGUCUUCGAAAAGUAACUCCACCAAAUGGUCUGCUGUCUUUUGACCGUUUUUGUACAGGUUUAAAAAUGUGCCUACUUCGAAAUCAAAUGGAAAAUGGUCGUCGGGAUAAUGACUCUGUACGACCUCCAUCUGCUCCACUUUUGGAUAUAGACAUUAAACCUAAUGUACAAUGGACAAAUGGAAAUAUGGCUGCCAUUCGACCUACUCAGCAAAGAACUCUUAGUAUGCCACAAUUAGCUUUGGAGCGUAAUAAUAAGGAAGUACAUCAGUUACCGCAAAAAUCCACAUCAUCAUCACUUUUUGGACCACCGAAACCCCCAAGAACUGCAGCAGGCUUAGAACGAAGCUUACAGCUUGCUUCUGGUGAACGCAUUAUUGAUAAGGCUGAAAUAAGAACAGCCUUGCAAAAUUGGCAGUUGGGAGUACUAUUAAAUGAUCAGAGCAGUUCUAGAAGUGAAAAGCAAUCAGGAGAACAAACGUAUAAAAGAAUUAAUCAACGACGAAGGGAACCAAGACGCCAUACCCUCCAAAGUGGUGUGGAUUAUAAUAUGCUGAAAAGAAUAAAGCAAAUAGAACAGGAAAAAGAAGUCCUCAUGCACGGGCUUCAAGCUGUGGAAAGGGCAAGAGACUGGUACCAUAAGCAGAUAUCUGCUGUACAAGACAAAAUGAAAUACCUUGGACGAACAAAUUCACAUACAGACCAAUGGACUGAAGCACAACAGGAGCGUAUUGAGUUACAACGGGCUAGAGUCUUGGAAGUCAAUAGACAUUUGUCUGCGUUAACAGAUGGUGGUGAACGAUGGGGUGGUCUACCAUUGCACAUGAACUUAGCUGUGCAUUCAUCAAAUAAUCCUGGAACAAUGUUACAUCAAAAUCCUCAAGUAAUGGCUACAUUAAAACAUCGUAACCAUAUACUCACUGAGGAAUUAGGACAAAAAAGUGAAAGAAUAUCAACAUUAGAAAGAGAAAAGGCAACUCUUAUUAGAGAAUUAUUUCAAACACGAACCCAGAUGGGACGUAAACUAGGGAGAAUAGAUAACAAACCUGAUGGUCAGUCAUAUUUACCUUAACAACUGGAAUCUGUUACCGAGUGCAAUAAAAAGAUGCUCUGUUAAUAAAAAUGGUGCUUGAAUAGAACAGAAGAAGGAGGAUACCAUUAUUUUUUAGCUCAAUUUAGCAGGUACACAAUUUAAUAUUAUAAAGUUUCUUCUGUGUUGUGUCAAUACAAAUGGUAUUGUAAUGAUUGCCAGCCAUACCUCAAUUUUAUCCGUGUUAGAUGUUAUUUUUAAUUAGUCUAAACUUAACUUUUUUUCUCAUUUAAUG